CCUUCUCUCCUCAGAUAUAAGCCACUGCCUAAGUUCUUCCUAUGUUCUGCUGCUACCAGGAGGCCUCAACAUGUUGGGAACGCUGGUUGGCUCUGUCAUAGGAGGAGCUCUGGCUGUGGCAGCUACACCCGUUGUCCUGAGUACCAUGGGCUUCACUGGGGCAGGCAUCGCAGCUGGGUCCAUAGCAGCCAAGAUGAUGUCUGCUGCAGCAGUUGCCAAUGGGGGCGGAGUUGCAGCAGGAAGCCUGGUAGCCAUACUCCAGUCAGUGGGGGUCCUUGGACUCUCCACAUCAACAAAUGCCAUCCUGGGGGCUGCUGGGGCAGCCGCUGUAGUCUUGCUCUGAGCUUAGGAGAUGCCACUUCUAUCAGCUCAACUCAAAGCCUGUACAGACUACACAGGAGGAUGACGUUCCAAAAGGCACCUUCGGAACCCUCACUGAUGUCAAAGAAUGAUGAAAAAUAAA